GGAAAUUGCCGCGCAACGGCUUUAAAUCGUAAAAGUUUUAUAACGAUUGAGAAGAUUUUAAAAUGUCUGAUUCCGACAUUUCUGCCGUUGUGGACAAACUUGCUCAAACAAAGGUUAAUGUCCAACACGAGCUGAGUUUCGCUGGAAAGGGGCUCAAAUUAAACACAGGGGAUGAUGCCAAAGAAAUAGCAGAAGGUAUUGAGAAAUGUCCCCAUAUGACUGCCCUUCGACUUGAAGGAAAUACCAUGGGUGCAGAGGCUGCAAAGGUUAUUGGCAAGGCUUUAGAAAAGCAUCCAGAAUUUGAGCGGGCUUUGUGGAGUGACAUGUUUACAGGGCGGUUGAAAACAGAAAUUCCCCCAGCACUGAAAAGCCUGGGUGCAGCCAUCAUCACAGCACAAGCUCACCUGGUAGAGCUGAACCUCAGCGACAAUGCAUUUGGGCCAACAGGUGUAGAGGGUAUCGUCCAACUGCUCACAAGCACGAGCUGUUACUCGCUGCGGGAACUGCGGCUCAACAACAACGGGCUGGGCAUUGGGGGAGGAAAGAUGCUGGCUAAGAGUCUGUUGGAGUGUCACGAGAGUAGCUCAGCAGCCGGCAAACCCCUGUCCUUGCGAGUGUUUAUAUCUGGCCGAAAUCGAUUAGAAAAUGAGGGAGCUACAGCCUUAGCACAGGCUUUCAAGGCUAUUGGUACCCUGGAGGAACUGGCUAUGCCACAGAAUGGGAUCAACUUCCCAGGUAUUACAGCCCUGUCAGAGGCUGUGGCCGCUAACCCUGGACUACGGGUACUCAACCUUAAUGACAACACCUUCACCGAGAAAGGGGCAGCUGCAAUGGCAAAGGCCUUACCCAAGCUGGAGAAGCUGGAAGUACUCAAUUUUGGGGACUGUUUGGUACGCACAGAAGGUGCCAAGUCUUUGGCUAAAGCUUUAGAAGAAAAGCACCUAAAAUUAAAAGAACUAAUAUUGUCUGGGAAUGAGAUACGCCGCUCUGGGGCUUUGGCUGUGGCAGAGAGCAUGGAGAACAAAGAUGACCUGGUCAAAUUAGACUUAGAUGCUAACAUGUUAGGAGAUGAAGGUGUAGAGAUAGUGCAGGGUACCAUGGAGGCUAUGGGACGGGUGGAUGCUUUAGGGUCAUUCAGUGAUGAUGAAGGUGAAGAUGAUGAUGAAGAAGGUGGUCAGUCAGAUCACAACUCAGAGUCUGAAGAAGGCGAGGACGACACAGAGGGGAAUGAAGUUAACGACCCUCAUUUACAGGUGAAGGGAGAGUCAAUCACCCCAAGUAAACAGACUGGAAAUGCUAAGGAUUUCUUGCAGUUUCCUUCUCCCUCAAAGUUGCUACAGCUUGGGGCAGGCCGAGCGGAUGCUAUUCUAGCUGAACUUGGGAAUCAGGCCCAUGAUGUGGAUACUGCUGUCAGCACUCUGAUCAGGAUUUCAUUAGUUGUUUCCCCUGGCAACAAGAAAGCAACAGAUGCUGCGUGUGAUUGUGCAGAUAAACUGUUAUCUGAAGUGAUGAAGUCAGAUCCAGAGAAGCAAGGUGUACAAGUCUCCAAUGCUAUUCUUGUUUAUCUGGGCUUGAUCAAGGGUGAGGACAAGAAGUACAAAGCGCCGAGUGAUAUAACUGGUCCCCUGCUAGUCCUCACUCACGUCGUCCAGCAGCCUUACUUCACCAAGUCCGCCCGAGACAUCCUCCUCGCCUUCAUCUGCAAACCUCACCCUAACCUGGAGAAGGCGUCACAUGGCAGACAUCAGCUCUUACAGAUGCUCUAUUCUUUCUGAUUCUAAUGGAUAUAGGUAUGCCAUUUUGAUGACAGAUAUUGUGCACUGCGGUCAUGACGGGUGUUUUUGUACUGAUGUCAAGUCUGAUAUUUGUGUACAUUGGUCAUGAAGGAUAUUCAUGUAUUUUGGUGAUGAUGGAUAUUUGUGCACCCAUCAGGACAUGACAGAUACUUGUGUACCACAUUUAUCCUGAUGUCUGUCAGAUUCUGGUGAAUAUAAUAAGUCUGCUAUACUGACUGUGAGGUACUGUGAUACACAUCAUCUGAAACUGAUGGGUCAGUAUGGUAAUUUGGUCAGUCCAUGAAUUGGACCAAAUUGGAUUUUAUACUGUAAUUACACCAGCCUGUAUCAGAGCCAAUUGGACUUUAUACUUCGGUUACACCAGCCUGUACACUCAGUGAAUCAGACCAAAUUGGACAUUAUUCUUUGGUUAUACCAGCCUGUACAGUCAGUGAAUCAGAGCAAAUUGGACAUUAUUCUGUGGUUACACCAGCCUGUACACUCGGUGAAUCAGACCAAAUUGGACAUUAUUCUGUGGUUACACCAGCCUGUACACUCAGUGAAUAAGACCAAAUUGGACAUUAUUCUUUGGUUAUACCAGCCUGUACAUUCGGUGAAUCAGAGCAAAUUGGACAUUAUUCUGUGGUUACACCAGCCUGUACACUCAGUGAAUAAGACCAAAUUGGACAUUAUUCUUUGGUUAUACCAGCCUGUACACUCAGUGAAUAAGACCAAAUUGGACAUUAUUCUUUGGUUAUACCAGCCUGUACAGUCAGUGAAUCAGAGCAAAUUGGACAUUAUUCUGUGGUUACACCAGCCUGUACACUCAGUGAACCAGAGCACAUUGGACAUUAUUCUGUGGUUACACCAGCCUGUACACUCGGUGAAUCAGAGCAAAAUGGACAUUAUUCUGUUGUUACACCAGCCUGUACACUCAGUGAACCAGAGCACAUUGGACAUUAUUCUGUGAUUAUUCCAGACUCUACACUCGGUGAAUCAGAGCAAAUUGGACAUUAUUCUGUUAUUACACCAGCCUGUAGACUCCGUGAAUCAGAGCAAAUUUGACAGGAUUCUGUGGUUACACCAGCCUGUACGCUUGGUGAAUCAGAGCAAAAUGGACAUUAUUCUGUGGUUACACCAGCCUGCACAGCCAGUGAUUCAGAGCAAAUUGGACAGCAGUCAGUGAAAUGCAUCAGUUAGAUCAAACUGUAGAUUCACCAGCCUGUACAGUCCAUGAAUCAGAGCAAAUACUCAACUGAUAAAGUGAUCAAUGUAUAAAGUAUACAUUUCUGGACAACUGAUCUGAUUUGUUAAUGUAAUGCGUUUAGCAAAGUAAAACUAAAAUGUUUUGGUAAUUAGCAGUUUGCACAGUUUAAUUUUUGCUGAAGACCACCUGUAUUCCACCUCUGUGACGUACAUCACACCUGGGAAAUGUAGCAUAUCACAUGUUGCUGGUUUACCUUGAGUGCGCUACUUUCCUCCACCAAUAAAACUGACUGCCAUCAUAUAGGGGAAAAGUCUUCAGUAUGGUGUUUAAAAACAUUUCAAAAAAUAUAUUAAAACAGUCACCAAAGGAUUGUAACAGGCAACAGAUUCACUUAUUUCUUGUACUUUCUUGUAUGUGGGGAAGGUGUGAUACUGUCAUCAAUUGACAAAAUUAUGCUGUCACUUUGUUACUGCCAGUCCCAUUUGUUAUAUAUAAUGUGUAAUGUUAAUGGUUGAUUAAAUAGAGCCUGCUGGCAGUUCGUACAGGAAGGAUUGGUUUGUGAUUUGACUCACUAAAAAUAGGCUGACGUCACGAAAGGUCAGUUUUUAAAAGAACCUGGACAAUAAUGGUUUGACAU